AUGACAUCCGCAACAUCACCCAUCAUUCUUAAAUGGGACCCCAAAAGUCUGGAAAUCAGGACUCUUACCGUGGAGAGCCUCCUCGAACCACUUGUCACCCAGGUGACAACUCUGGUAAACACAAGCAGCAAGGGCCCAUCGGGUAAAAAGAAAGGUCGGUCUAAAAAGGCUCAUGUCCUGGCGGCCUCCGUGGAACAAGCCACUCAAAACUUUUUGGAAAAAGGAGAACAGAUUGCGAAAGAUAGUCAAGACCUAAAGGAGGAGUUGAUCGCCGCCGUGGAGGACGUCAGGAAACAAGGAGAUACAAUGCGGAUUGCUUCAUCAGAAUUUGCAGAUGAUCCUUGCUCGUCGGUGAAGCGAGGCACCAUGGUGAGGGCGGCCCGUGCACUACUUUCUGCUGUUACCCGCUUACUCAUACUAGCAGACUUGGCGGAUGUCAUGAGGCUUCUGACACAUUUAAAAAUUGUGGAAGAAGCUCUUGAAACUGUGAAACAUGCAACAAAUGAACAAGACCUCGCUUACCGCUUCAAAGAGUUUGGCAAGGAGAUGGUUAAGCUAAACUAUGUAGCAGCAAGAAGGCAGCAGGAGCUGAAGGACCCUCACUGCAGGGAUGAGAUGGCAGCUGCUCGCGGGGCUCUGAAGAAGAACGCCACCAUGCUUUACACUGCAUCACAAGCCUACCUGCGUCACCCUGACGUGGCAGCCACAAGAGCCAACCGGGAUUAUGUGUUCAAACAAGUGCAGGAGGCGAUAGCGGGCAUCGCCAAUGCUGCGCAGGCCUCGUCCCCCACUGAUGAGAAGCAGGGUCACACGGGCAUUGGGGAGCUGGCCGCUGCCCUCAAUGAGUUUGAUAAUAAGAUCGUCCUAGACCCCAUGACCUUCAGUGAAGCCCGGUUCCGGCCAUCUCUUGAGGAGAGGUUGGAGAGCAUCAUCAGUGGGGCAGCCUUGAUGGCGGACUCCUCAUGCACCCGCGACGACAGGAGAGAGAGAAUCGUGGCCGAGUGCAAUGCCGUCCGUCAAGCCCUUCAAGACCUACUGAGCGAGUACAUGAACAACUGCAGAUAUAACACAUAUAUGAAUGAGUCCUGUUCAACUGGAAGGAAAGAAAAAGGUGACCCGUUAAACAUUGCUAUUGAUAAGAUGACCAAAAAGACACGGGAUCUGCGCAGACAGCUCCGGAAGGCGGUAAUGGACCAUAUCUCAGAUUCUUUCUUGGAGACAAAUGUUCCCCUGCUGGUUCUUAUUGAAGCUGCAAAGAGUGGUAACGAGAAGGAAGUAAAAGAAUAUGCCCAAGUGUUUCGGGAACAUGCCAACAAAUUGGUUGAGGUUGCAAACCUCGCCUGUUCCAUUUCAAAUAAUGAAGAUGGGGUGAAGUUGGUGCGUAUGGCGGCCACCCAGAUUGAUAGCCUCUGCCCACAGGUGAUCAAUGCUGCCCUGACACUGGCUGCUAGACCUCAGAGUAAAGUUGCUCAAGAUAACAUGGAUGUAUUUAAAGACCAAUGGGAGAAGCAAGUGAGGGUACUUACUGAGGCUGUAGAUGACAUCACUUCUGUAGAUGACUUCCUAUCUGUCUCUGAAAACCACAUACUGGAGGACGUCAACAAGUGUGUAAUUUCUCUACAAGAGGGGGAUGUGGACACGUUGGAUAGAACUGCGGGGGCUAUUCGAGGCCGUGCCGCCAGAGUGAUCCAUAUCAUUAAUGCCGAGAUGGAGAACUAUGAAGCAGGAGUCUACACAGAGAAAGUUCUAGAAGCUACAAAGUUACUUUCGGAAACUGUUAUGCCUCGUUUUGCUGAACAAGUGGAAGUUGCAAUUGAAGCUUUGAGCACAAAUAUCCCCCAAACAUUUGAAGAGAAUGAGUUCAUUGAUGCAUCUCGACUAGUAUACGAUGGUGUGAGGGACAUCAGGAAAGCUGUACUCAUGAUAAGGACUCCUGAAGAAUUAGAAGAUGAUUCUGACUUUGAACAGGAAGAUUAUGAUGUCAGAAGCCGAACAAGUGUGCAGACAGAAGAUGACCAGUUGAUUGCUGGACAAAGUGCAAGGGCAAUAAUGGCCCAACUCCCACAAGAAGAGAAAGCCAAAAUUGCAGAGCAAGUGGAGAUCUUCCACCAAGAGAAAAGCAAACUGGAUGCAGAAGUUGCCAAAUGGGAUGACAGUGGCAAUGACAUUAUUGUAUUAGCCAAACAGAUGUGCAUGAUCAUGAUGGAGAUGACCGAUUUUACCAGAGGGAAAGGUCCACUAAAGAACACAUCUGAUGUGAUUAAUGCGGCCAAGAAGAUUGCAGAAGCCGGCUCCAGGAUGGACAAGCUGGCUCGUGCUGUCGCUGAUCAGUGUCCUGAUUCUGCAUGCAAACAAGAUCUGCUCGCCUACCUUCAACGGAUCGCACUCUACUGCCACCAGCUCAAUAUCUGCAGCAAGGUGAAAGCUGAAGUGCAAAACCUGGGAGGCGAACUCAUUGUUUCAGGGCCCGGAAUGCAGAGCACUUUCACUACCUUUUAUGACGUAGCAGGUGAUGUCAUAGCUGGUGGCAGGGAUAGUCAACUUUCCCUCGACCUUCUCCCCUCCUGCGCUGAAGGAGCUCUUUUUGGCAACGGAAGCAGGGACUCAAGCAUGUUGGACAGUGCCACCUCCCUUAUUCAGGCAGCCAAAAAUCUGAUGAAUGCCGUUGUGCUCACCGUGAAGGCCUCUUACGUUGCCUCAACCAAGUACCAGAAAAUCUAUGGCACAGCAGCCGUAAACUCUCCCGUUGUAUCUUGGAAGAUGAAGGCUCCAGAGAAGAAGCCGUUAGUAAAAAGAGAAAAACCAGAAGAAUACCAGACCCGAGUACGAAGAGGAUCCCAAAAGAAGCACAUCUCACCAGUUCAGGCUCUAAGUGAAUUUAAAGCAAUGGAUUCAUUCUAG